AUGCACCGCGCCGCUGCCCGACGACUUGCGCACACUGCCGCGCGCAGCACCAAGCGCGCGUCGGCCGCUACUGUACACCAGGCUAACGCUCACGUGCCGCUGUCUGUUGCGAAGCCACCACCACCUCCCCCCCAUGGUCCCCAGGCGACCCCCGACCAAUGGGCCGUACUGCAACCUGCCCCACCUGCAGCAUUUGCCGCGCUGGCGCAUCGUAUACAACUUGCGAAUAAACUGCCACUAAAGGCUCUGCAGCAGGCAUGCACGCACCCUUCUAUCUUACCGGUCUUCGCUCGUUGGCCAAGUUUGGAAAAGCCCUCUUCAAAUGGGAACCUGGCUGCUCUUGGGAACAGUCUCCUGGGCAUGUUUGUGACAGAACAUUUGAAUGCACGAUACCCGCAUCUGCCGCUCAAGGCGCUUAAAGCUGCCGUGAGCGCAUACGCCGGUCCGUUGACCUGUGCGACCGUGGCGAAAGAGAUGGGUGUCACACAUCUCGUGCGUUGGCACAGAACGCCCGCAACUUCUUCCGCACCAGCAGUUAUGCAUCAAGACGCGCUGGCUUCCAUUCCUCGCGCACUGCUCGCUUUAGUGUAUACGCACGUGUCACUACCCGCCGCUCGCGAAUUCGCGCAAUCCUUCUUCCUAUCUCGUACUGUGGAUCUUCGCGCGCUUCUCAAGUUCAGCGAUCCCAAAUUGCAACUCAUCGAGACCGUCGCCAAAUUACACCGCGAGCGACCUGUCUCACGUCUUCUCGCCGAAACGGGUCGUAAUUCGAACUCGCCAGUAUAUGUCGUGGGCGUCUACAGUGGCGCGGAUAAGCUGGGAGAGGGUUUCGGUAGCUCGCUCAGGAUGGCGGAGUACCGUGCGGCGGAGGAUGCCUUACAGCGCUUCUAUCUGACGGAGACGCCGUCUGAAGAGUUGAGAGUGCCUAGCGAGACCUUCCUUCCCGGUGAUCUUUUCUUGCGCGGUGCAGCGGGUGAGGAGCGGAGACAUAAUCCCAUUGCUCUUGGCGAGACGGAGGUGCGAUACGACGCUGGCCCGGUCAGCAACGCACGGCCUCUCCCACCGCCGCCGGAGUGGAUGAUCAAGAAGAUGGAACGGGGACUGGCUGGCGGAGCGAAGAGCAGGGCGCAGACACAUGCAUAG